AUGUCUGACAAGCCUAAACGAAACACCACCAAAGAAGAGUCUCAAGUCAAUAAGCCACGAAUUCCCCAACCAGCAGCAAAUCUUCUGAGAGGCUCUGACUGCGGACAGGUGGGUCCAGAUGACGGAGAGAGACAGAGAGACAAGUCCUUCCAGCUUUACGCCUUAUGCUAUUACUCUCUGUCCCUGGCGGCUCUACAGGCCUUGAAAAGGAAAAAGCGUUACGAGCAGCAGCUGGGUCAGAUCGAUGGCACGCUGUCCACCAUCGAGUUCCAGAGGGAAGCACUAGAGAACGCCAACACCAACACAGAAGUGCUCAAGAACAUGGGCUACGCCGCCAAGGCCAUGAAGGCUGCACAUGAAAACAUGGACAUAGACAAAGUAGACGAUCUGAUGGCGGACAUCACGGAACAACAGGAAGUAGCUCAAGAAAUCUCAGAUGUCAUUUCCAGACCGAUCGGUUUCGGGGAUGAGUUUGACGAGGACGAGCUUAUGGCUGAGCUGGAUGAGCUGGAACAGGAAGAGCUGGACAAAAAUCUUCUGGAAAUCCAAGGAACAGAAGACGUUCCUCUACCCAGCGUACCAUCUACAUCACUACCAUCGAGACCAGACAAGAAGAAGGUGGAAGAAGACGAGGACGACAUGGCGGAUCUGGAGGCGUGGGCGGCUAACUAAGCUAGCUCGCCCUGCUAGCUAGCUAAUGCCCCUCUCCUGUCUGUGUGAAGGCUGCUUCCAUCUGGAAGAGAGGCAGGGACUCUGCGUAGCCUACGUGCAUAUAUCUAAAACAGACCCCAACCCAAAGUAUGCACUUGUACACUGACUUUACGAAAUGAACCCAGGCUUUUCUCCUCUCAUUAAUGUGAUCUCUUUGCUCCAGCUGUGCACUCCUUAAAGGGCAUAGAGUCGCCAAACAAAUGCCCUCCAAGCCUGUGGUGAUGUAUAUCGCUCUCUUAUUUUUGAGUACAUGAAUGUGCACUUUGUGUAACAAGUGCAUACUAUAGGUGACGGGUGUGUGGAGGACGAGUUUCUGAGAGGAAUGUGAAGAAUAAACAGAUGUGUAAGGGGAGAAAAAAAAAAGAAAAAACAGAUCAUGAUUCAGCCAUUUUUCUGCUUCCUGCGUUGUCAUCUCUCUGCUCUUCUAAAACAAUGACGACAACCCCUCAUCUAUAGCUGCUAAAUGUCUGCAGCAGCAAAAUAAAAUAUGAAUGAUAUGUAGGACUUUCUCAUUCAAAAAUGGAUGUUACAGCAGUGGAAACAUCUUGUAAAGAGAGGAUCGGGGGUUUGAUCCCUCUGUCUGCCAUAUCUCCUUCUGAAGGGUCCGCAGGCAAUGCUUAGUCUCUCAUAGCUAACUCUGGAUCUAAUCAGUUAAAUUCAUUAAUGUCAUGUGAAUGGAAAACAUUUACAUGGGCUUACUUUAUUGAAAAUGUAACAAGGCAACUGUUUAAUCAUCAUAAGGUUUCUUUUUGGAAAUCAAAUGCUAACAGCUACAAUUCCCAAAUGUUCAAUUAUAGAGAUCCCAUAAGAACCACCUAUCACCAGGAGUGGAAGAUGUAAUCAAACUGCUUUGCUUAAGUCAAUGUAGCAAUACUAAAUGGUAAACAUACUCAGUUUCCAAAGUCCUGCAAUUAAAUUCCUAAGUAGAAGUGCAAAAGUAUUGGCCUCCAUAUAUUCUUAUGCUCAUUUAAUGAUUGUAUAUCCUCUGCUGGAUAACUUAACCCAUGAUUAUAUGUCCAUGUUUAUUCAUUAGCUGAUUUAUAUUUAAUAUUAGCUAUGAAUCUGAAUCUACAAUGGCUCUCAGAUAAAGGUAGUGGAGUAAAAAGUACUUUAUUGCUUUCCAAAAUGUAAUGGAGUAGAAGUAUAAAGUAGCAUAAAAGGAAAAUACUCAGAUACCCUAAAAUUGUACAGUACAUGAUAAAGUGAUUUUCUGUCCAUUAGUGAUAUUUAGCCCUAGGCUAGCAUUCUAAUGUACUGUUUAAUUAACUGAAUGAAUUGUUACAGUGGUGGAUUGUUACUUGCAGUACUGUACUAGAGUGUCACUUUGCGAUUCUUCUACUUUACUGUAAAUGUUUUGGAUAAUCUUUCGCGUAACAAACUGUCAAUUGACACUGAAAAUUGCAGAGUAAGAUUUGGAAGAACUUGUACUUUAAUUAAGUAAUCUCCAUGUUAUGCUUCUGUUUACUUAUACUCCACUAUAUAUCAGAAGGUAGGAAACAUUGUACACUUACUCCCCUAUUUUCACUUCUCAAAGAAUUCAAGGCUUUAUUUGUCAUAUGCACAAUAGCUACAGUGUAGUUUUAGCAUAUCAAUAUAAAGUCUCAUGUUCCUCCAAUAAUUGAAAAUAUUAGGUACUUAACAUUUCAAAAAGGACAAUUGUGCGAGCAGGUUUUUUUUGAGUAUUUGUAGAUUGUGGUACGAGGAUCGGAGUACUUUUGCUUCCGCUGUUCCACUUGUUUGUGUCCCUUCAAUAUGGCUGCCAGAGGGAACAUGACACUCUCCACGCCUCGUCUGUCACUGUGAUGCUCUCUGAGAAAAUCCUACAUUGGUUGAAUUUGAAGAUAAUGUGUGAGUGUGUGUGGUGUUUUUUAGCCUUUUGACACAGUGACCUCUUGUGAAUACUUAGUCAAACUGAGACGCUGGGCUGGAUGUUUGUCUUCAAUCUGCUCUUGGCUCACCUGUGGAGUAAAAAGGAUUCAAACGCUGAGACUACAUAUUUGUCUCGUCAUAAAACUUCUGCUCACUUCCCCUUUUCUCAUGGCUGCCCUUCCGUCUGUCAACGCACGGUCAUGGAUCGGGGUCAGUCCAAAUAAAAAAAGACGGUUUAGACUGAAAUUUAAACACGUCUUUGUAAAAGAAAAAGCUAUUCAAAACACAUUUCUGUUACGCAAAAUCACCUUAUUUGUCAUUAGGUCGACCCCAGUCCUGAUAUUUAAUUAUAACUAUUGAAAGAUGAAUCUUGCAUAUGCCAAUAAACUCCUUUUUCCAUUUUUUCCCAUUAACUAAAAACACUCAUGUUCUGUCGACAGAAACACAGCGUGAAAAGACCGGAGAUUUUUUCCGUGUGGCGGCCAUGUUGCUUUAUGACGGGUUGUAUACAGUUUAUGUUAAUAAAGUUGGGAUUUGGUGCAA